AAUUUGUCUCUAGGUGCAAAUGACCAGUAAGAAUGUCAAUAUUGUAUCCAAAUUAUACAACAGACAGCUUGGUGGAAGGGUGACUGGAGGAUCAGGUCCCCCAGAGAGAGAAGUGAGGUUGUGUGAACCACGGAAACCUUGGUACUACUUCCCCUUGAAGAGCAUUAUAGACACCCAUCAGGCUCUGCUGAAGGGACAUGUACUGCUGGGGUUCCUCAAGGAUGGUAUUCAUCUCAUUUCGUAUCUCUGCCAGGUAGAACCAAGUGAAGUAGAUAUUUUACAUUCUCUUUACACUUACACUCUCUACAUCUGGAGAUUUGAUCUCGGAAGCCCAUUGCAAAAGCUGUGGACGUAUCCCCUGUUUGUGGGCGAGACUAUCACCUCUGAUUUACAAUUAGUCAUAUGUGAAGCUGCUGAGAAUGACAGACUAGUAGUCCACGGAGCUGAAGUGAGACUUGAAGAGAUCUCAAGUUCUCGACAAUGUUAUGUGUCUAUCUUCCCUUCCCCUGACCGUAUUUUGCGUACUCAGCACGACUUACAGAGUGACGCCUACUUUGUUCACUUCAAAUACGACAUGCAGCCCCCUUACCCUCCCUUCUCUCCUCUGUUAAGCCUGAAGCUAAAAGACUCCGUGAUAUGCAACACGGGAGACAGUAUAACAGUGAUGACAGUACAAACCCACGGCGCGCAGUGCACCCCCGACAGCAACGUGGCGCUUUCAGUUCCCCCCUCUCCUGCACCAAGCAGUACUGCUAGUCACUCUAGUGAGGGAGAGUCUGAUAUCUCUGAUAUGAUGCAGCCUGACAGCAAGAAAGCUAAAUAUGUCUGCAGCUGUCCAGCGCUGCGGAGUUCUGAACACUUAUCCACCUGUGUAGUAGGAAGGAUGGACACGGUCCACGUGGCCACAGAGUGUGAUCUCUUCUCUCCCAUCUUACAACAGAGGAGGAAACGUUUCCGGUCCAAAAGGAGACUUGCCUCGCAGUCUCCGAAAAUAAUGGGCGACAAGAAAUCUAAUCAGGUUGACUCGGUCACCACGUUCUCAACUCGAGUGUUUGGCUUGUCUCCAAGUCCAAAGGUGCUUGGCAGAACACGAUACGACGCUACACAAACCUUAUACCCUGUCCUAACUACCAGCCUAAUCCAUGGUUCUCUGCGUCCCACCUACACUUGGGUCUCCGAGCAGCCGCCUCCCCACUCUGCUCCACUCCAAGAUGACUUUGUCACCGUGAAACAGGCUUCAUUUGACGCGGAACUGUACAUAAAUAACGCAGUAGGAGAGCACAAAGCCCUGUCGGCGCGCUACCUCUCGUUACGCGACUACGACGUGAGAUUAUUGGAAGUUUGCCAGGGAUCAAGCACAGUACUUGUUCUGAUAAUGGUCCUUUGUAUCGCUAAUCACGACACUCAGCCCCACAAAGAGGUUCUGGUAUCGAGCGGUUUUAUCCUUUCUUGGAACGUUAACACAGGCUCCGCUACCACUAUGGAAAUACUGCCUAUCCACGAGUUUGCCAACAACUCGUGUUCCGCUAAACGGUGGUGUCCGGGGGCUGAAUUGGCUCUGGAACUCAGAAAGAAGUGGUUUGUGCCUUGUGACUAUAAUAAAUCAGUCAGGGCUUUCAGUAAUGCGUCAGUUUUUUCAGGUCAGAGUUUAACUAAACUGCCUCAUCCGUAUUUGCCAGUGGCGAUAAUUUUAGAAACUGUUCCUGGCAGAUUGUAGAUUGUAUAUAUUUUAUUUUGGGCAAGGUAAAACAAAAUCUUGAUUAAUAUAGAAUGCUUUCGACUAUCUGAUAUAAUUAACUUUAUCAAAUUUACAAGACGAAGGAAAUUGUUUUAUCUUGCCAUAAUAUAUAACAUAUUUUACAUAAAGUAUUGUUCUGAUUUAUAUACCAGUUUGUUGAGUUUUUCAAAUUUCAAACGUUGGACAAGUUUUGCGUACCACUUUUGAAACGUCGAUACAACGGUACAUUUGCUACUGAAUUACUCGAGUUUUUCGUAUUAUUGAUAUAUUAUUGAAUUCAAAAUUUACAUUAAUAACGCCUC